AUGUCGUCUGCCGCCGCUGCUUCACCUGCCGUUGCGUCGUCGUCAAAACGCGCCGCACCCACCACCCCGGCCACCCCAGCAGCCAACAAGCGUGCACGCACCGACAUGAGCGAGGCUCCAGAGGACGACGAUGAGCCGAUCAAUGAGGAGGACAUGGACGACGAGAGCAAGGCCAAGGCUGCGCGCCGCGAAGCAAGGACAAUCCGCAACCGCGAGUCGGCGCAGAGGUCCCGCAACCAACGCAAGGCCCACCUCAGCUGGCUCGAAGCUCGUGUCGUCGAGCUCGAGAACGAGAACCGUGCACUGCGCACGGGCGGCACCGCCCCCUCGACUCCCUGCAAGACCCGCGAGUCUUCCCCCGCAAACUCGAUCGUCUCGCUCGCUUCCGACCUCGGUAUCCCACCCGAGAUUGUCAGCGCCGGCGGCGGUGUCAACCUCGCCACCGUCGCCCCGCCUCCCGCCGACGUCGACAUUGAGGACAUUAAGCCUCGCAUCCCCACCUCUGUUCCCGACAUGAUCUCUAUCGCCACGCCCCAGCUCUCCAUCAUGGAGCAGGCGCCCUCGACCGACCUCGCCACCGAGAACAUGCACCUCCGCUGGCGCGUCAGCAUGCUUGAGAACAUUGUCAAGCAGGCCGCCGCGUACUUUUCGUCCAACACCCCCAUCGACAUGGCCACGGCACCCCCGCCCCACCCCAUGAUGGAGGUCCACACUCCCUCGCCCCCGCGUAUCGCCGGCAUGGACGCGACCCUCUCGCCUCCUCUUUUCCCGACCCUGCGCGAGCCCGUCCAGUCGCCGCUCCGUCUCCAGACCAAGCUCGACACCACCAACAACAUGACCCACCCGGACACGAACCAGUCGACCGCUUCCGCGGACGUCGUCUCGUCCUUUAUUGACCUGUCAACUCCCGUCGCUCGCCACCCAGCAGUGGUGGCGACUCUGCCGGCAGUCUCCUCUGAGAGGCGCGGCGGUGAUCGUGGCGUUGGCGCGUCUUCGAGGCUGGACCUCGGCGUCGCAGGCUCGUUCGGCGCGGACAGCCGCUCAGCUCAAGACGUCGGCUCGUCGCAGGACGCCUGGUUCCCUGAGGGCACUCAGGCGCACGAGUGGGACGAGGAGAUGAACGACCUUCUCGAGACGCUCGAGGGCCAGCCCGACAGCGUCUCCAAGGUUGUUCCCGGCAAUGUUGGUGUCUCGCCAGCGAUGACCGGCGACCAGUGGGCUUGGGAGACGGCGAUGGUCGAGUUCUAA